CCCCCCCCAACCUCCGGAGCUGGGAAGAGAGUCAAGAUGGCGGCGAAAUCCGAUGGCGGUGGCGUGGGGGUGGGCUUCGCCCAGCUGCACAACCUGGACGAGGCGGUGGGCAGCGGCGGCGAGGAGGACGGGGAGCCCGGGGGAGGCGGCUGCGGCGGCGGCGGCGACGGCAGCGAGCCUGGCGAGAGCAGCUCGCUGCACAUCUGCCACUGCUGCAACACCUCCUCGUGCUACUGGGGCUGCCGCUCCGCCUGCCUGCGCUCCCUCCUGGGCAGGAAGCCGCGCCGCAGCGCCGCCGCCGCCGACGGGGGGGACCAGCCGCUGCAGCCGCCCGCGGACGCCGGCCGCCCGACGCCCUCGGCCGAGCGGCCGCAGCCGCCGCAGGUGGAGCGGCCGUGGCUCGACUGCCUGUGGAUCGUGCUGGCGCUACUGGUCUUCUUCGGGGACGUGGGCACCGACCUGUGGCUGGCCCUCGACUACUACCGCAAGGGGGACUACGGCUACUUCGGGCUGACCCUCUUCUUCGUGCUGGUGCCGUCGCUGCUGGUGCAGAGCCUGAGCUUCCGCUGGUUCGUGCAGGACUACACGGGCGGCGGGCUGGGCGCCGUGGAGGGGCUCACCAGCCGGGGCCCCCCCAUGAUGGGGGCCACUUACGGCCACGGCGUGGGGGUCUCGGCCACGCCAGGGGCGCAGCGCCUGUGCCGCCUCUCCGUGUGGAUCUGGCAGUCGGUCAUCCACCUGCUGCAGAUGGGGCAGGUGUGGAGGUAUAUCCGCACCAUGUACCUGGGGAUUCAGAGCCAGCGGCAGAAGGAACACCAGCGACGCUUCUACUGGGCUAUGAUGUACGAAUAUGCAGACGUUAACAUGCUGCGCCUCCUGGAGACCUUCCUGGAAAGCGCCCCCCAACUGGUGCUACAGCUCUGCAUAAUGAUCCAGAAGAGCCGCGCCGAGACUCUGCCCUGUGUCUCCUCUGUGACUUCCCUGAUGUCCCUGGCUUGGGUGCUAGCCUCCUAUCACAAGCUGCUGCGGGACUCCAGGGACGACAAGAAGAGUAUGAGCUACAGAGGGGCCCUCAUCCAACUCUUCUGGCGCCUCUUCACCAUCUCAUCCAGAGUUAUCUCUUUUGCCCUCUUUGCUUCCAUCUUCCAGCUCUACUUCGGGAUCUUCGUGGUGGUUCACUGGUGCGCCAUGGCCUUCUGGAUCAUCCAUGGCGGGACAGACUUCUGCAUGUCCAAGUGGGAGGAGAUCCUCUUCAACAUGGUGGUAGGGAUUGUGUACAUUUUCUGCUGGUUUAACGUCAAGGAAGGGCGGACUCGAUAUCGAAUGUUUGCAUAUUACACGAUAGUCCUGACCGAGAACGCUACCUUGACGUUCCUUUGGUAUUUUUACAGAAACCCGGAGACCACUGACUUCUAUGCGGUGCCAGCACUGUGCUGUGUCUUUCUGAGCUUUGUGGCUGGGAUUGCACUGAUGCUCUUAUAUUAUGGCGUGCUGCACCCCAUGGGGCCGCGAGUUAAGAUCUUGGCCAGCUCCUGUUGUGCCGAGCUGCUCUGGGGCAUCCCUUUGCCCCCCGAUGUUGAGCCCAUGGCGCCUCAGACCCCUGGGUACCGGGGGACCCAGGUCACGCCUACCAGAGCCGUAACGGAACAACAGGAGGAUCUCACGGCUGACACUUGCUUGCCCGUUUUCCAAGUGAGACCCAUGGGGCCCCCUACCCCGACGGGGCGUCCUUACCCCCCAGAAGGGCCCCUCAUUAAGAUUGACAUGCCAAGAAAGAGAUACCCAGCUUGGGAUGCUCAUUUUGUAGACAGGAGGUUGAGAAGGACUAUUAACAUUCUGCAGUAUGUCACCCCCACCGCGGUAGGCAUUCGGUACCGAGACGGACCGCUCCUUUACGAGUUGCUCCAGUAUGAGUCUUCACUCUAAGAGCAUCUUGACCCAAGUUGAGAAGGGGACCUUAAGUUUGGUUUGCGGUCAAGGCCGCUUGCAAGAAAUAGAACCGUCCCUUCCCCCCAGUACACAGAACCACCACCACCACCACCACCACCA